UUGUGAACAACCGACCGUUGAAGAUGUACUCCGUGGUGUUGACUUUGGCAAUCACCAUGAUGAGCUGUGGUGUCGAUGUUCGUGGUGAGACAUCAGAGGCUCCCCGCUGCGACCCUAAUAUUGUCGGCGACUUGGACAAGUACUACCCCAACGGCAUCCCCAAGAACAUGCUAGGCUCGAUAUUGAAAAAUGGACCGUACUCCUAUAUAACCUUGUCUUCUCCUAACGCUUUGGUCAUCAACUACGAGACAGCCACUUGUGUCGGAUUCCGCCUCGCGAAUGACAAGAAGAAUGUUGUCCUCACCAAGAAAAUGAAGACGGGAGAGCUGCAAAUCACGUAUGGAGUUCAGGAGAGCGAGGGUGUUAUCAGCUAUGAGUCACCAACCGAUAUCGAGCCCAAACACAAGGUGUACUUCUUGGCCUUUGGGGACGGAGUUGCGCUCACUUAUCGAUGCUGCGACUCUUGCAGUGGCUCAGCUCUGAAUGUGGGAAUCGCUGUGGCUGAUAGGCUCAUGGGUACCGCUGAAACUCGAGCUGCUAUUAAACAAGCAGAGAAGUUGAUGGCUGAUCUCAAUUUGAAUGGCAACACUGUAGAUCUCCGGUACUGCUCCACUGUCCCCUAGACAUCUUCAGUCAGUCCACUGAUACUACAAUAAAUUAUGUACCAAAGAUUUUCUUCAAUAAAGCAUGUUAACACACUA